AAGUUUCAGUUCUCCCUAGGAAGGGGAGGAGCCAGCCAGCACUGUUUAAAAGGUUGGAGCUUAGCAGCUGUGCACUCUAUCACUUCACAGAGAGUCCCAGUGAGCGCCCAAAAGGAGAAGGAAAUAAAGAUGGUUCUUAGCACAGAAGAAAUCAGAAGCCCUACUUCAGUCACCUCACCCAGUGACCCAUUGCCCAAUGGAGAGACUGGCCUAGGAGAGAAAAACCAGGAUUCUGUGAACAACCUCUGCAGACAGUAUGAGGAGAAGGUGCGGCCCUGCAUUGACCUCAUCGACUCCCUGCGGGCCCUGGGUGUGGAGCAGGACCUGGCCCUACCCGCCAUCGCUGUCAUCGGGGACCAGAGCUCAGGGAAGAGCUCUGUGCUGGAAGCACUGUCAGGAGUGGCCCUCCCCAGAGGCAGUGGUAUUGUCACCAGAUGCCCUCUGGUGCUGAAAUUAAAGAGGCUGGAGCAGGGAGAGCAGUGGAGGGGCAAAGUCAACUACAAUGAAAUCGAACUGGAGCUCUCUGAUCCCUCAGAGGUGGAAGAUGCCAUCAACAAAGCCCAGAACUGCAUUGCUGGGAUAGGGCUAGGGAUCAGUGAUGAGCUCAUUAGCCUGGAUGUCAGCUCCCCGAAUGUCCCAGACCUGACCCUGAUUGACCUGCCUGGGAUCACCAGGGUGGCUGUAGGCAACCAACCUGCAGACAUUGGACACCAGAUCAAGAAACUCAUCAAGAAAUACAUCCAGAAACAGGAGACCAUCAACCUGGUGGUGGUCCCCAGUAAUGUGGACAUCGCCACCACGGAGGCACUGAGCAUGGCUCGGGAGGUGGACCCUGAAGGGGACAGGACCAUAGGGAUCUUGACCAAGCCUGAUCUGGUGGACAGAGGUACUGAAGACAAGGUUGUUGACGUGGUGCAGAACCUGGUGUACCACCUGAAGAAGGGCUACAUGGUAGUCAAGUGCAGAGGUCAACAGGACGUUCAGGAACAGCUGAGCCUGACUGAGGCUCUUGAGAAGGAGCAAGCCUUCUUCAAGGAGCACCCACACUUCAGCGUUCUUCUGGAGGAUGGGAAAGCCACAGUGCCCCUUCUGGCAGAGAGACUGACCACGGAGCUCAUCUCACACAUCUGUAAAUCUCUGCCUUUGUUAGAAAAUCAAAUAAAGAACUGUUAUCAGCAUGCCACCGAGGAGCUGCAGAAGUACGGCACAGACAUACCAGAAGAUGACAGUGAGAAAAUGUUCUUCCUGAUAGACAAAAUCAACACUUUUAACCAGGACAUCACUGCCAUAGUACAAGGGGAGGAGAAUGUCGGGGAGGGAGAAUGUCGCCUGUUCACCAAGAUCCGAAACAAGUUCUUCUUGUGGAGUAUGGAGAUUGCAGAUAAUUUCCAAAACGGUUAUGAUGCGUUAUAUAAAGAAGUCUGGAAAUUUGAAAAGCAGUAUCGAGGCCGAGAGCUGCCAGGGUUUGUGAACUACAAAACAUUUGAGAACAUCAUAAGACGCCAAAUCAAAGUCUUGGAAGAACCAGCUGUAGAAAUGCUGCACAAGGUCACUGAAAUGGUACGAGCUGCCUUUACCAGUGUUUCUGAAAAAAAUUUUGAAGAGUUUUUUAACCUUCACAGAACUACCAAGUCCAAACUUGAAGACCUCAGAUUAGAACAAGAAAAGGAAGCAGAGAAGAUGAUCCGACUUCACUUCCAGAUGGAGCAGAUCAUCUACUGCCAGGACCAAGUGUAUAGGGAAGCCUUGAAGAAGGUCAGAGAGAAGGAAGCUAAAGAAGAGGAGAACAGCUCAAAGUCAAGCUCCUUCACUUUGUCUAAGUCUGAAGAUUUACAGAAGUUAUCCAUGGAUGAGAUCUUUCAGCACCUGAAUGCCUACCACCAGGUGGACCCCCACCCUGAAAUCCAGCACUCCUGGGCUAAAUCCAGCAACAUGCCUGGGUUUGGCAGACAUACUGGCUUCACUACAUCUGUUAAAGAAGAACAGAGGGUUAUCCAGGCCUAGAUGGCCUCUGUGAGAAUCUUUCCUGGCUGCCCCAUGAAAUCCAGGUUCCCAUGAGUCCUGGACCUCUUGUUCCUGGCAGACCUGCUUCCUGACAAUCCCUCUGGACAUAAUCAAGUGCUGGUUCAAAAAUCUCAAAAAAUGAAUUUAAAAGUAUAUUAAGA